CUCAGGCCGCCGUAGGCGCGACACGUCCUUUACCGCUGUAUACGCCAAAUCGCUCCGUGACAAGCUGGCAGGAUUCGACGCACAAAUCACUCCGAUUAGGAUGUCGGUACCUAUGACGACGAUGAACGGCACUGGCGCAACCAUCCCAAUCAACUCGCGACCCGACGACAUCCGAAACCGGGUAAUCAAAGUGGAGGAAGACGUGCAAAAAGAUGGAAAUGAAGAAAGUUGCGGAAAAGUUCUCAUCAUACUUUCCUGGGCAUUGGUGGUCAUGACUAUGCCCUUUUCACUCUUUGUCUGCUUCAAGGUGGUGCAAGAGUACGAGAGAGCAGUCAUAUUCCGGCUUGGUAGACUUCUCUCGGGCGGUGCCAAAGGACCGGGCAUCUUUUUCAUCCUGCCGUGCGUCGACAGCUACGCCCGGGUCGAUCUGCGCACGAGAACCUACGAUGUACCGCCUCAGGAGGUACUGACAAAGGACAGCGUGACGGUGUCCGUAGACGCGGUGGUCUACUAUCGCGUGAACAACGCGACGAUCUCGAUCGCCAACGUCGAAAACGCCCAUCACAGCACUCGACUCCUCGCCCAAACGACCCUACGCAACACCAUGGGCACCAGACCACUCCACGAGAUACUCAGCGAGCGCGAGACCAUAUCUGGUAACAUGCAGGCUUCGUUGGACGAGGCUACCGAUUCCUGGGGCAUCAAGGUAGAGCGCGUCGAGAUUAAGGACGUCCGACUACCUGUUCAGCUGCAGCGUGCAAUGGCAGCCGAAGCUGAAGCUGCUCGCGAGGCUCGAGCUAAGGUCAUUGCUGCUGAAGGUGAGCAAAAGGCCAGCCGGGCUCUGCGAGAGGCUUCCGAAGUCAUUGGCGACUCGCCCGCUGCUCUCCAGCUUCGAUACCUCCAGACUCUCAACACCAUCUCAGCCGAGAAGAACUCGACGAUUGUAUUCCCGCUGCCCAUCGACAUGCUCACCUACUUCAUGAAAGCAAAGGAGGCGUGUUAAGCCACACCUCCCUUUUUUUUUUUUUUUUCCUAUUACGACCGGCAAAUUAAACUACUUACUACUAAAAAAAGAAGAAAAAAAAUGACUGCUAAUACACGUGGUUCUAAAAAAUGCUGAAAGUUCUGCCGAGUUUUGUAUAACUAUUUAUGUGUAAAAAUACACGCAGUUCAUGUAUACUACAUAUAUUAUAAUGUACAUCGAUAUCGGCAAAGAUGAUGAUUCGAAAGGGAGGAACAAUUUUUCAAUUUCAUUGUCAUUUAAUGUUCAACUGUGAUGACGAUUACGCGGACACAGUAAACGUCAUCAGGCUUUCUUAUUGUGGUCCAUGGUGGACUGUUUUAACAUGUCCCUAGAAAUAAUGGGGAAAAAAAUCCAAAGAAGGUCUGAUUUAUUUACGUUCGGGUAAUUUACUGUUACUGAUAUGAAAAAAAAAAAAGAAGAAAAUUUUACUGAUUAUAUACACAUUAAAAAAGUUCCUUUCUCGGGAAGCUACACGAAUUUAUUCUCCUACUUGAUACGAAUAAUCUAUAGCAUUUAAGGUUUGCACGCAGAGUCCGUCGUUAUAUUUGAUAUACAUGCGUUGAUAAAUGAAAAAGACUUUAUCAGUAUCGACUA